AUGAUUUGGUUAUCGUUCUUAACGUAUCUCCUCUUGAGCUCCGUAAAAGGACUCGAUCUGGACACCACUUCACAGGAUUCUGUUUGUGAUGCAGCCACUUUGAUCAUGGAUGGUAUUAUGGAUUACUACGAAGGAAUCCGCUACGGAGGAACCGUGGGUAUGUUCCAAGCUCCUUACUAUUGGUGGCUUGCUGGAGAAGUUUUUGGUGGUAUGAUUGACACAUGGUACUUUUGCGAAAAUGAUACUUACGAGACCAUCAUCUACGACGCCUUACUAGCCCAAAUUGGUGCUGAUAAAGAUUACAUGCCUUCAAAUCAGACUGCAACUGAAGGUAACGACGAUCAAGCAUUCUGGGGACUCGCGGCUCUCCAGGCUGCUGAGAGAAACUUCACCAACCCUUCUGGAGAAUAUGAGGACGUUUCUUGGAUGGGACUGGCCCAAGCAGUGUACAACACCAUGUGGGCCAGAUGGGAUACCAGUAACUGUGGUGGAGGUUUAAGAUGGCAAAUUUUCACAUGGAACACAGGUUACGAUUACAAGAACUCUGUGUCCAAUGCUGGUCUGUUCAACAUCGCUGCGAGAAUAGCCAGAUACACGUCCAACGAUACUUAUGCCGACACGGCAGAGACCGUUUACAAUUGGCUCAGAGAUGUGAAUUUCAUCACCUUGAACGGAGAUGGCUACCAAGUGUACGAUGGAGCAAAAAUUGGAACCGAUAACUGUUCUACCCUGUCCAAAUCGGAGUGGACCUAUAACUAUGGUAUGUUGAUUGGUGGCUGUGCGUACAUGUACAAUUAUACUGAGGACGAAACCUGGUUGACUGAAGUUGGAAGAUUUUACGAAGGGAUCUCGGCAACUUUCCUCAACAAUUCGAUCAUUUAUGAGCGCCAAUGUCAAGAAUCAGGAACUUGCAACAAUGACCAAAGAUCGUUCAAGUCGGUGUUCAGUCGUAUGCUUGGAGUAACGGCCAAGCUGGUUCCUGAUUACCAUGACAAGAUCAUGGACAUUAUCACUGCCUCUGCUAAAGGAGCAGCUGAGUCCUGUAGCGGAGGAAGUGAUGGACACACAUGUGGUAUGAAUUGGGCGUACGGAGGAUGGGACGGUUGGUACGGUCUCGGUGAACAAAUCUCUGCCCUCGAAGUGAUGCAAAAUCUGCUCAUAGAUGAGCACGACGCUCCAUAUUCUUACUACGGCGGACACCGUACGAACGACACAAGCUCUGCCAGUGGAGGUGGUUCGUCGUCCAUAGACAACGAGGCGGGUACCAGUGCUGAUGAUGACUCUUUGAAUGCCAACUCCAUGAGUAUCAAAUCGAAGGAUCGUGUUGGGGCCGGAAUUAUUACAGGAAUUGUUUUGGCCAUUUUGAUUGCGCUCACUGUUUGGAUGCUUGUGUGA